AUGGCAACUGAAGCUCUAGAUGCAACCGCAAUCAGCCGAGAUUUAUUCUCUGCAUCAAUUGGAUCAGUGGCAUGCUGCUACGUAGGUCAACCAUUCGAUACUGUCAAAGUGAGGAUGCAAACUCGACCUGAUCUAUUCACUGGAAUAUACUCUGCAUCAGCUUCGAUGCUCUCGAAUGAAGGUAUUGCGUCAUUUUGGAAGGGAUCAGUACCUACUGCUGGUGGGAUGGUUCUCGAAAAUUGUAUGGCAUUUGGUGUGAAUGAAGCUUUAAAACGAACCUUUCCAGAUAAUGAAGGGGGUUCUACUGAAGGAGGAGCCCCAAAUUUAUUGAAGCCCUUUCUCAUGGGGAGCAUCACUGGAUGCUUUAGUGCAACAGUUCUCCUGCCGAGUGAAGUUGUCAAAGCAAAAACGCAAGUCGUUGUUGGAAAACCCGUGUCCUCGCAAGAAAUUGUGCGCAAGAUGAUAAAGUCACAAGGGAUGAGGUCGAUGUUUGUUGGCUUGGACGCACAACUGUGUCGGGAUGCUCCGUUCUACGCAUUCUUUUUUGGAGGGUAUGACCUUUUUGUGUAUGGCUUCAGGACCUAUGUACCAAGUAUGCCAGAGGAACUGAACUACUUUCUGAGUGGUGGUUUUGCGGGCAUGUUUGGCUGGACCAUGGCGAUGCCUUUUGAUGUGCCAAAGACAAAUGUUCAAUCUCGCUAUGAUACAAAGGUCGUUGGGAGCUAUUUUCCAGAAUUGAUGAAGAUCAUCAGAGAACGAGGCUUGACGGGACUGUAUAGUGGUUUGGGGCCAACUGUCGUGAGGGCUUUCCCCGCAAAUGCUGCACUGUUCCUUGGUGUGGAGAUGGGGAAGAAGUUUUUUGAUAACCUAUUUACACCGUAA